GGAAAAGUCAUCAAGCUCGAGAAGUCUUCCUGUUGCUAUAGUUGUACGCUAGCUGAGCAUGGCAGCAGAGGUAAUGAUAAAGAGGGCUGAUCCAGCAGAGCUCAAGUCCAUUGUUUUGAAGUAUGCUAGUGUGGAGAAGAAUGGAGAGCACUUCAUGUCCCCAGAGGACUUUGUGUCCAAGUUCCUUCACGCACAAACAGACAUACAGCUUUCCAAGGAGGCCACUGGUUUAAUGGCAGGUGUUGUGGACCAGACCAAAGAUGGGUUGAUCUCCUUCAAGAAGUUUCUGGCUUUUGAGUCUGUGCUGUGCGCUCCGGAUGCUCUCUUCGUGGUUACCUUCCAGCUCUUUGACAAAACUGGAAACGGAAUUGCCACUUUUGAGGAUGUGAAACAGGUUUUCGGUCAGACCACUAUACACCAGCACAUCCCCUUUAACUGGAACUCGGAAUUAGUUCAGCUCCACUUUGGCGCCGGGAGGAAGAAACACCUUAACUACGGGGAGUUCACUCAGUUUCUGCUGGAGAUGCAGCUAGAACAUGCCAGACAGGCUUUUAUGCAAAGAGACAAGGCCAAGACAAGCACCAUCACCGCUCUGGACUUCAGGGACAUCAUGGUGACCAUCAGACCCCACAUGCUCACACCAUUUGUGGAGGAAUGCUUAGUUGCAGUGGCCGGUGGCAGUACGUCACAUCAGGUCAGCUUUUCCUACUUUAAUGGCUUCAACUCUCUGCUAAACAACAUGGAGCUCAUUAGGAAGAUCUACACCACCCUGGCAGGCAACCGCAAAGAUGUGGAAGUUACUAAAGAGGAGUUCAUCAUUGCUGCCCAGAGGUUUGGCCAGGUGACCCCUAUGGAAGUGGACAUCCUGUUCCAGCUGGCUGACCUGUCUGUGCCGAGAGGACAUGUUGGUUUAAUUGACAUUGAGAUGAUUGCACCUCUGGAGGAAGGAGCUCUUCCUUACAACCUUGCUGAGAUUCAAAGACAGGUAACCCUCAGAAACUCAGCUCGCGCCGUUCUGCUUCAGGCUGCUGAGUCGGGGUACAGGUUCACCCUGGGCUCUGUGGCUGGAGCCGUGGGUGCCACUGCCGUGUACCCCAUCGACCUGGUAAAGACCUGCAUGCAGAACCAGCAUACUUCAGGUUCCUUUAUGGACGAGCUGAUGUACAAGAACAGCUUUGACUGUUUCAAGAAGGUCGUACGCUACGAGGGCUUCUUCGGCCUCUACAGAGGCCUCGUACCGCAGCUUCUGGGAGUGGCUCCCGAGAAAGCCAUAAAGCUUACAGUGAAUGACUUUGUGAGAGGAAAGACUAUGCAAAAAGACGGCAGCGUUCCUAUACCUGCUGAAAUCUUGGCUGGCGGAUGUGCUGGGGGAUCUCAGGUGAUCUUCACAAACCCUCUGGAGAUUGUGAAGAUCCGACUGCAGGUGGCAGGAGAAAUCACAACAGGGCCACGUGUCAGCACUCUCUCUGUCAUCCGUGACUUGGGUUUCUUUGGUCUGUACAAGGGUGCAAAAGCCUGUUUCCUGAGAGACAUCCCCUUCUCGGCCAUCUACUUCCCCUGCUAUGCACACACCAAGGUGGCCCUGACUGAUGAAGACGGGCGAGUGGGACCUGGCAGACUUUUGCUGGCAGGGGCCCUGGCGGGCAUGCCUGCCGCAUCCCUGGUGACCCCUGCUGAUGUUAUCAAGACCUGGUUACAAGUGGCUGCCCGUGCAGGCCAGACCACGUACAAUGGACUCAUUGACUGUUUCUGGAAGAUUCUUCGGGAGGAAGGGCCUCGAGCUGGAGCACACGUGUUUCGCUCCUCACCUCAGUUUGGAGUGACUCUAGUGACUUAUGAGCUCCUGCAGAGGUGGUUCUACAUAGACUUCGGUGGACAAAAACCAGCUGGCGCAGAGCCUACUCCCAAGUCUCGGAUCAGCCUCCCGGCGCCCAAUCCUGACCACAUCGGUGGCUUCAGGUUGGCUGUGGCCACAUUUGCUGGCAUCGAGAGUAAAUUUGGAUUGCAUCUACCACGAUUCCGAGCAUCUGCCGCCCCACACGUUUGAAGCAAACGCAUCCACUUCAGCAGCACUGGAACAAACACACAUAUGAAUCUCUUCCUUCUAGUUGAGAACAUAAAACCUUCAGCAGAUGAACUGGAAAUAAUGUUUUAUGUGA